UUAAUCAUCCUACCUUGCCGCCGCCAUUGUGGUCUGUCUCACACAACACCACCGCCCUUUGAAUUUGGAAACCCUAGCUCUCUGUAACUCUCAAGCCCCUCGCUUUCUCUCCCCGACUCCGUUUCUCUCCUCCCUUGCUUCCUUGUUUUCCGAAAACCGUAGCAAAACCCCCCAAUGGAGGUCGUUGUGGCCUCUUCGUCCGUCGACGCCGGCAUCGGUUGCUGGGACCUACAAAGCGGCGCCGAGCAGCUCCGCUACAAGUCUUGCGCGUCCCCCCGCCACGGUCUUGUCUGCGUCGGCCGACGCUUCCUCGCCUCUUCUCAGCUCCGCAACUCCUCCGCCUCCUCCGGCUCCGUCCUCUACUGGACUUGGUCCAAGCCACAAGUAGAAGUCAAGAGCUUCCCUGCAGAACAGAUAAAGCCGCUCGCGGCUAAUCGAGAAGGCACCUACAUUGUUGGUGGAGGCUUGUCUGGGGAUAUCUACUUGUGGGAGGUUGCUAGUGGUAGUCUGCUUAAGAACUGGCAUGCUCAUUAUAGAGCCGUUACAUGCUUGGUAUUUUCUGACGAUGACUCGCUGUUAAUAUCUGGGUCCGAGGAUGGAUCGGUCAAAGUUUGGUCGCUUUUAAUGAUAUUCGAUGAUUACUUAAGAGAACAAGCGAGUCAUCCGUACGUACAUAGCUUUUCAGAGCACACUCUUUGUAUAACUGAUAUUAUAGCUGGAUAUGGAGGCUGCAAUGCGAUUAUAGUUUCGGCUUCAGAGGAUCGGACGUGUAAGGUCUGGAGCUUAUCAAAAGGAAAAUUAUUAAGAAAUAUUGUGUUUCCAUCAAUAAUUGAUGCAAUUGCUUUGGAUCCCAGUGAACGUGUCUUUUAUGCUGGCGGUAGAGAUGGAAAGAUAUAUGUUGCCGCACUCAAUGCUGAAAUUCCGUCUAGCAAAAAAUAUGGGCUGCAUAUCAUAAGUGCAUUUUCAAAUCACAGCAAGGCUGUUACUUGCUUACAAUACGGUACAACUGGAAAUGUUUUGAUCUCUGGAUCAGAAGAUGGUAUGAUUCGUGUUUGGGAUGCUCGAACUUAUAACAUUAUUCGGGUGUUAAGACACGCAAAAGGUCCGGUGAAUAAUAUUAUUCUUGUUAGAGAACAACUUAAAAAUUUUCAGAGGAUUUCAAAUUCACAAGCUUUCCUCAGGAAGCACGCAUCACUAUUACCACCUCUGGAAAAAUAUGCAAAUUCAACAGAUGAUGUUACAGAAACUAAGACUGUUAUUGGUUUCCAAGAGACUUGCAACAAAUCCAUCGAUGCCAUGUACCUUAGUUCUGUUGUGGCUCAUAAUCAAAUCAAAGAACUACAGCAAAGAGGUUCUGCCGCCGUUGAUAUGGAACUGGACAGAGUAAAGCUUGAUUGCAAGAAAUCCAUGCAAAUGGUUGAGCAAUGGAAGAAAAUGUAUGAAAACUUGCAUCAAUUCUGUGUAGAUGAACUCUUAGAGGAUGGCAAAUAGAAAAACUGUGAGAGUUGCAACUCUUAUUUUUGCUUAUAGUAUUAUAAGAUGGAUGAUUCUUCUUGGUUCUUCACAUUCGUUAUCUGAAUAUAGUAGUCUUUU